GGGACACUGGGUGUUCACGCACACCUCGACGAAUCGUCCGGCCUGAUGGAAAUAUUCAGCAGCCUCUUCCUAGAGGAGUUGUUUCAAACAAUUGUUGCCGAGACGAAUCGGUACGCUCGACAGAACCCGGGAGGUCUGCUCAUAUGUCGGCCUAAGGUUCCUCAUGGGACUUCAGGUGAAGAGGUGCCAGAGGGACCUUUGGUCGACGGACCCGUUGAUGUCCUCGUCUGUGUUCGCCAAGACCAUGUCCAGGGACCGCUUCGACAACCUUACCUCCGCCCUCCACUUUGCUAACAACGAAGGGGAGCACAGCGCGGAGGAACGGUUGUGGAAGCUGUGCCCUGUGAUUGACGUCUUGGAUUCGACGUACAGUUCCGUCUUCGUCCCCAGAAAGAACGUGACCGUCGACGAGAGCUUGUGGGCCUUCAAGGGGAGUCAUCAGGCCCUUCAGUACAACCCUAGUUAGAGGGCUAGGAGGGGCCUGAAGGUCUACAAGCUGUUAUGUCCGAUGGUCCAGAGGCAGGGUAUACAGCGGCCUUCAAUAUUUACAUGGGGCAGGAUCGCGGCGAGUUUCCGGCGAGCAUGAAGGCCGUCGACGACCUGAUGGAGA